AGUUCUUCUUAACGUCCUCCCUUCUCCUCCUCCUUUUCCAUCGUCUUCUUCUUCUUCCUCGCAGAAAUUUUGGAGCUUGAACAGAGAAACAGGGCAAUGGACAUUAAUGGUAGUAGAGCUUCUGAGAGAGGUGACAGAGGAGGAGCUCAAGGGCUGCUGCCCAAGUUCAAGGGGCUUCCUCCCCCCUCGCUUCCCCUGUCUCCACUUCCCAUCUCUCCUUCCUCCUUCUUGGGUCUUCCCGAGCUGCUGGACUCCCCUGUUCUUUUCUCCAAUUCCAAUAUUGUUCCAUCUCCGACUACCGGAGCUUUUUCCAGCGAUGGGUUCCAUAAUUGGACGAACUACAGCAACUGUUUCCAGAAGUCAGGGGAUGAACGCUGCUCCGACUUCUCCUUCCGGCCGCCGUCUGAGCCCUCGAUGAUAAGAUCGUCUUCGAUAUCCCAAUCCUCCUCAACCUUCGUUUCAGUGGAGGAUCCAUGGAAGAGGCAAGAGCCACAGAGUUUCUUCAAGACCUCAACGGCGUCCAACACGUCUUCGCAGAGAACGGGGCCAAAGACCGAACUUGCUCCGGUCCAUGACUUUGCUGCUUCCCAAUCACAGGUCCAAAAUGCUCAACCUCCGAACUAUGCGAGAGAGAACAAGAAAUCGGAUGACGGGUACAACUGGAGGAAGUACGGGCAGAAGCAAGUGAAAGGGAGCGAGAACCCGCGGAGCUACUACAAGUGCACGUUCCCGAAUUGCCCGACAAAGAAGAAGGUCGAAAGGUCCUUGGAUGAUGGGCAGAUCACGGAGAUCGUGUACAAGGGAACUCAUAACCAUCCCAAGCCUCAGUCAACUAGAAAGAACGGGUCUCAGACUCAGGCAAUUCAGGCCUAUGCUCGCACAUGUUCUGAGUUCUCUGAUCAGUCGGUCACCGUGCAAGAGGAUUCUUCGGUUUCGAUGGGCGAGGAGGAGUUUGAACAAGUGAGUAAUUCAGUUGGAGAUGACAAUGAAAGCGAACCCGAGGCCAAGAGAUGCAAGGGAGAGAAUGAAUAUAGAAAUGUUUCGGGUGCCGAGAGUAGAACAGUGAAGGAACCGCGAGUCGUGGUCCAAACGAUGAGCGAAAUCGACAUACUGGAUGACGGGUAUAGAUGGAGAAAAUAUGGGCAGAAAGUGGUUAAAGGAAACCCAAACCCAAGGAGCUACUACAAGUGCACGUUCACCGGCUGCCCCGUGAGGAAACACGUGGAGAGAGCAGCUCACGAUAUGAGGGCCGUGAUCACGACUUAUGAAGGGAAGCACAACCACGAUGUUCCAGUUGGCCGUGGGGGAGGCAGCCAGUCAGUUGACAGGGGUCAGGUUACUGGGACAAACGGGGUCGGGCAAGGCCCGAUAAGGCCCAUGCCGAUAGCUAGUCACUCCAGACAACCUGCAAAUCAAGCAUUCGGGUACACACCUGAGAUGUUCCAGAGAACGAGUGGAUUUGGGUUCACGGAAUCUCUUGGCUUGGACAGUAUACUAUCUAGAGCCAAGGAAGAACCAAGGGACGGCUCAAUUUUUGAUUCGUUUUUGGCCUAAGAAAACUCUAGGACCUGUAAGGGCCAUACCGGACACGAACCUUAGCACCAGAUCAAUAAACUAAAUGUUUAGAAACAUGUUGCUGUAGAAUAUCUUCCCACACAAACCAACUAGGAUAAGUUCAUAUUCUUUUCAUUUGUUUUCCAGUGUUAGAAUUGUACAGAUAAAUGUUGGCGAUAAGCAGUUAACUUGAGUUUAUCUGAA